GAUGCAUGGACUCCACUGACUCGUGCUGCCUACAAUGGGCAGACCUCUAUUGUGGAGUCGUUGCUUGAGAAGGGUGCUGAUGGGAAUGCACCAGAUAAGGAUGGCUGGACGCCACUGACCCGUGCAGUUGACAAUGGGCAGAGAUCUGUAGUGACGUUGCUGCUUGACAAAGGUUUCAGUGGUGAUGUGUCAGAUGAGCUUGGAUGGUCGCCGCUGGCCCGCGCAGCUGCCAGGGGCCACAAAGACAUGGUGCAGUUGUUGAUUGAACAUGGUGCAGAAGCCACUAUGGUGGAUAAGAAAGGAGUGACACCACUUGGGGGGGCAGCUGCAACUGGGCAAGCAUCUGUUGUGGAGUUUUUGCUCGAUAGUGGAGUUGAUGGGAAUGCAUCAGAUGAGAAGGGCAUGACAGGACUAAUGCAUGCGGCUCUUGGUGGGCACGAUGCCAUCGUCAAAAUGCUCCUUGACAAGGGUGCUAACACGAGCGACAGAGAUAAG